UUGACUACUUUAAAUUAAUUAUUAAACAUCUGAAGUAUCUGUUUUCCUUCCGACGAGGAAAUUUUUCCAUAAUUGUAAACAAAGUGCCGAAGGUCUUUCACACUCAUACCGUCCUUAUCACACUCAUUAUUUGAUGACAGCUGGCGAGUGAUUUAAAUAAUUGAACAUUUGUUAAUCGUUGAAGCGGGAAAACAUGUCGCAAGGGAUGUACUUACUUACGUACACACGUUCUUAUCUCAAGAAAACAACAAGCAUACGAAGAUACAUUUUCCGUGACGAAACUGUGUAGAACAAUUCUAUUUCUACCGACAGUAACUGCAGGCAUACGCGUUACCACGACCGAUAUCGUCCGGAAGGAGAGCGGAAAGCUCAUAAAUAGAUAGACGAAUGUCAAUGUUCUCGAUUUUCUAAAUACAUUUAUUUUUGUCGCUUAUCGCUUUGCCAAUUUGAAUAUCAAUAACGUGUCAGCAAAAAUCGCCACGUUGGUGUUUGCGUUUUCAUUCGAGCUAUGGUUUCAUUAAAGAGGGACGAGAGCCAGCAUUCGCAUCUGUUAAUGCCGGUACUCCUUAGUGCUUGCGCAAUACCAGUUUCCAUGCUCUUCUGGCUUAUCAACGUGAUUUAUUCGUUGUUUCACUCGGACGCAGAGAACCGGUUUGAAGAUCACCCGGUUGUAUCACCGUGGAGAUGGCUCGUCGCGGUAGUGUUUCCUCUUUUUAUGGCGUUUUGGGGCCUGCGAAGGAAAAGUGUCGACGUCAGCGGUGCUAUUCUAGGAUUAUUUAUCGGUUUUGUUCUGACACUCACUAGUUUUACUCACGUAGCUUGUCUCUUCGCGUUCUUCGUAACUUCUAGCAAGGCAACUAAGUUCCGCUCUCAUUUGAAAAGAAAGCUAGAGUCUGGUUUCAAGGAGGGUGGACAGAGAAAUUGGGUUCAGGUACUGUGCAAUGGUGGCAUGGCAGCUCAGUUGGCAAUUUUGUAUUUGUUGGACGUCGGAUGUACAGAACGACCAAUCGAUUUCGAUAAAUAUUAUAGGAGCUCUUGGCUAUCAGUAGGAAUCCUAGGUGCCUUUGCAUGUUGUAACGGAGAUACUUGGGCAUCAGAAAUUGGAACAGUGGUCGGCAACGGAGAUCCUUUUCUGAUCACUACAUUAAAGAGAGUUCCAAAAGGCACGAACGGUGGUGUUUCUUGGGUGGGUUUACUUGUUUCUCUACUUGGAGGUAUGACAGUGGGUUUAUUUCAUUACUUGACUAUACUAAUUGCUGUUGACACAGUCGUGUUACAAUUAGCAACGCCACAGUGGCCUGUGAUUGUUAUCGGAGGAAUCGGAGGUUUACUGGGUAGCGUAGUGGACUCGAUUUUAGGAGCCACUUUACAAUACAGUGGAGUGAGUGACAAAGGAAUAAUAGUGGAACAUCCUGGGAAAGGUGUGAAACAUAUCUGCGGGAAACAGUUUUUGGACAAUCAUAGCGUGAAUCUUUUGUCAAGCGUUAUUACCGCGCUCACAUUGCCGGGAAUAGCGAAAUUAGUAUUUUCAUAAUUAAAAAUAUCAACGUUUAAUUAAACCGUUACUAUAUAAGUGGAUAUUAUCAAAUAAUUUUUUCAUUUGUAUUUAUACGUAUAUACAUUUUUAUAAUUUAGCAAUUGUUUUGAAGGUGACAUCGGAAUUGUAGUUUAUUUAACACGGAAUCGCGUACAGUAGACUUUAACGUAGGCACUUAGUUAUUUAUGACUUUGUAUUCUACCAGACCUUUUAUAAGUAGAUGAGAUUUUUGUUAUAUACAUAUGUAUAUUACAGACUGUUGAUUUCAUUGUAAUCGACUUGUGACCGUCCACACAAUUAAAUGUAUUUGGAUAAAAGAAAUAAGAUAUUUUUAAUAAGAAUA